AUGCCUAUCCUCUUCAACAUACUUGGACCGUCCAUAGCCCACAUUACUAUUUGCACCAAAUUUAUCGACAUCGCCGCUAUCACCCUGCUGGCUGUACUCGGCCAAAGAUGUCCUCGUCUUAUCAGCUUUGGCUGGAGCAGCGAAGCCGAGUUCAGCGAGGGCCUUGUCCGCGCACUUGCAAAUGUUGUGAGGCCCUGGACCCAUCUCACAAUGCAGCUGAACGCAGACGCUCUGCGGACGGCGCUCGCGAUGUCUCCCGCGACGGUUCUCUACACGUUCAAGCGUCACUUCACCACUGCAGACUGGGAUAUCUUCUUUGGAUAUGCUCGCCGGGUCACGACUCUCCAUCUUUCAACAGAGGCUACUUCAACAAGCCAUUCAGAACACCAAUUAUUAGUGAACCAGAGGAUCGAUGUCUCAAUCUUUCAGGUUCUAUGUAAACCCCCGGACUCUCGCCCACUCUUCCCUAGGUUGCGCCAGCUGGGCUGGUAUGAUGAUACUGCUCACGAUACCCUUUCGUUCAUGCGCCUCCUGAUCACUGGAAAUCCUUCUAUCAGGCACCUCACGGUGUAUGCUGAGAUUAUGGAUGUACGCAUGCUCAGUCUUGUUGCCACUCUCGGGCAAUUAUUUCCUUCCUUAUCCUAUCUGCAGUGGGGGGACAGCCUGGACACUGUGCUGACCGACGAUAUCGCUGAAGCAUUUUCAAACUGUGUAUACGCGUGGGGAAAUCUCGCUCAUUUAGAGUGCCCUACCCUGAAUGCCGACGCCUUAUUGCAUCUUUCGUCGCUGAACUCACUCGAAUAUCUCGGGCUCACUAUACCGGCCAUUCUACCUGUUCAUCGCGAGCCCCAGCUCAACAUGUUCUCCGUUGUCCAUGGAUUAUCCCUCUUGACUCAUUCUCAUCAGUCCUUGACGGAUGUUGCACACUUCUUGGAGCUGAUUGUUGCGUCACCGGAGGACAUCUUCGUGGUUGCGGAGAUGACUGUCGAUGCUGGUGUUGCUGCAUUCAUGGAGACACUCUCGAGGCACUGCGAUCACACUAGCCUCCACAAGCUCCAUAUCAUGGAGUUUUACACGGACGCACCUCAGUCGGAUAGAGAGCGGUUAGCCCUAGGUUAUAACGCCCUCCGUCCACUUUUCAGUUUUGGCGCGCUGACAAGUCUUGAUAUUGACUCGGGAAGACGCGUUUUACUCGACGACAAUGGUUUGCUUGCAAUUGCGGACGCAUUGCCCAAGCUCGAGAGUCUGGGCAUCAACGAACGUUGUGGAUGGCGAACCUGCCCACUCACCACAUUACAGAUUUUGCCCAAGCUUUUGUCUCGUCUUCGAGACCUGAGCUACCUUUCCAUUGCGCUUGAUACACGGAGACAAUAUCCAGAAGGGGACACCAUCAAAGUAAUCGUCGAGAAUGGCAUCCCAGAAAUUGCGCGUGUUACCAAUCUCAACUUCACUCUCAAUUUGCUGGACUCGCGAGCGGGCACGAACGAUAUUCUCCAUGUUGCAGCGUUCCUUACCGAUGUCUUCCCUACUCUGGAAUACUUUAGUGUCUGGUCCUUGGAUGAUAGUCCACUGGAUAGUGAGGAUAACGAUGACGAAGAUACAGAGCUGCAGCCAUCAAGGUGGAGGCAGAUUGAGGAUGCCAUGGACGUAAUGCGCGAUGUCAGGAGGCAAAAGAGAACCGGUUCGGUGGGAAGUACAGCGUCUGGUAGUGAUGAGUAG